AUGGGACGCCCGUUGUAACCCCACUGCUGUCAACAGUGGGCUUUGAAAUACCAAACAUACUGGCCCUGGGGACAUGGGCGCUAUCGGCGAAAAUUCGCCCGUCUCGCCGGCCAGCGAUCAACUUUCCGGCAGAAACGAUGGUCGAUAAGCAAAUCACGUCGGUGGUUGUACUGGCGCCUCCUCGUGCGCAAGUUCGUUAGCGAUGCGGCCAAUGAUGAAGCAGCUACAAAAGGACGUAGCAGGUCCAGACCCCCUCGAGUGCUGGUCAGCGACCUUCUUCUCUAUACCGUAGACCGUCCUCUUCCACCAUGAAGCUCACCGCUACCGUUGCCCUCGCGGCUUUCGCGCUGUCGAGCGUCGCCGCUCUCCCCUCUGACCCUUUGGUCGCCACGUCCAUUGCUGGCAAGAACGUGGCCCAGAUUGCUCAGACUUUCGCCAAGAACCCGGCGCUCAUCAAGCCUGCGGGCAAGAUCGUCCCAGGUCUUUACCACUACGAGAUUGAGAUUGGCAAGGUCACCGACAACGACAAGCACCUCCAAGCCGCCGCUGCGUCCUUCGGUGUGAAGCCUGACCAGAUCAAGGUCACCAAUGUCAUCAAGAACAAGCUCUACCAGGGUGCCACUUUCAAGAUCUCCGCCGACCACGACCCCGAAGUCGUCCUGAAGGCCGCCAUUCCCGGCGCAAAGCAGAUCUGGCCGGUCCGAUCUUACCCCCGCCCCAAGCCCGUCUCCAUCCAGAAGCCCGUCGCUGGCCAGACCACCCCCCCAGGUUUCACCAGCAUCGAGACCGGUGUGCAAGCCGCGCACGAUGCCGGACACUUCGGUAAAGGCGUAACCGUCGCCGUUAUCGAUACCGGCGUGUACUACAAGCACCCCGCCCUCGGUGGAGGCUAUGGGCCCGGAUUCAAGAUCAAGGGUGGUUACGAUUUGGUCGGUGAUGCCUACAACGGUGUGACAGACGUUACUCUUCGGCCCGACAACGACCCUAUGGACAACUGCUCUGAUUCCUCUCACGGAACCCACACCACCGGUAUCAUUGGUGCUGACACCCGUGGCAUCAAGGACCCCGCCUUCCGCCCCUUGGUCGACUGGGUCGGUGUUGCCCCUCAAGCGGAUCUACUUCACUACAGGGUUUUCGGUUGCGAUGGAUCCGUCGGUGACGAUGUGUUGACCGCCGCUGUCUACAAAGCCUUCGAGGAUGGAGCGGAUGUCAUCUCCAUGUCCAUUGGAGGUCCCGGUGACUACGCCGACACACCCUUCGCCACCGCCGUCUCCCGUGUCGCCAAGGCCGGAACCUACACUGUCGGAUCCGCAGGAAACAAUGGCGGUGAAGGCUUCGGUGUGACCGGAUCCACUGCUAUGGCUCGCGACCUGAUUGCUGUUGCUUCCUUCGACUCUCGCCGCCAGGUGGAGAACAUCCUGCUGGACUCUACCGGCAAGGAGUACGGCUUCGGCUACAGCGAGAAGGGACCGGCUUUCAACAAGACCCUGCACUCUGUCUUGGUCCUGAACAACCCCGCUUACCCCGCAAAUGACGGAUGCACCCCCGCCACCACGAAUGCCGCUGCCAUCAAGGGGAAGAUCGCCAUGUUCUCCUUCAACGUCGGCCCGGAGGGUUGCGGCUCCGCCGCGCGUUGUGGCAACGCUGCCAAGGCUGGUGCCAUCGGAUGCAUUUUGCAAAACACCGAGGGCAGCUCCACCGCUGCCACAGGAAACGAUGCCAUCACCGGCGCCGUUGUCGACUUCCCCACUGGUGAGGCCAUCAAGGCGGCCAUCAAGGCGAACCCCAACCUCAUUUUCAGCCUCGGAGGUACCAAGGACUUCCCCCAAGCCACCGCUGGAACUCCAUCGUCCUUCACAUCCCUCGGCAUGUCCGCCGAUCUCUUCAUCACCCCAACCAUUGCUGCCAUCGGUGGUCACGUUUACUCUACGGGCUCCCCGCACGCGGCCGCGAUUGCCAAGGCCCCGACCCCCUACCUCGACAUGAGCGGGACCAGUAUGUCAUGCCCGCAGCUAGCUGGUAUUGCUGCCUUGUACAUCGAAGCCAAGGGCAGGGACUGGGUCCUCGCCAACGGUGGUCUCGACAGGCUUCGCCGCACGCUCGUCGCCACUGCUAAGCCCGGAAAGAUCUUCAAUACCGACCUUUUGUCCAUGGUCUUCGAGCAGGGAGCAGGUCUCGCGAACGCCUACGCUGCUAUCACCGCCUCCUCCACAGUCAAGCCCUGGGCAUUUCAAAUGAACGAUACGACGGUCGGGAAGCAGGACCAAGUUCUAUCUAUCUACAACAAAGGGAACAAGCCUGUCACCUACAAGCUCAAGCACUCCCCUGCCGCCCUUGCCUACGGAAAGGACCAAGCCGGUCCCGUCCAGCUUUUGCCCGUCCCCAAGUACACCGCUGAGUACGCUAAGGUUACCUUCUCAAAAUCGGAGGUUACUGUCCCCGCCUGGGGUAGCGUCAAUGUCGAUGUGAAGAUUGUGGCGCCUAAGGUCAACGCUGACCUGAUCCCCGCCUACUCUGGCUACAUCAACGUCGUUGCCAACAACAACCAAACUUUCUCCGUCCCAUACGCUGGUCUUGUGGGUAGCUGGAAGAAGGCCCCCAUCUUUGUUCGUGAGAACUCCACCUACGUCACCGGUAUCUUCGACGCCGACGGCAACCAGAUCACCGAGGACCGCACCAAGAUCUCCCCCCAGACCACCCCCAUCGUCGUUCAGAACGUCCUCUCCACCUCCUCCCGUCUUGUUUACAUCGAUGUCGUCGACGCUACCGAGACUCUCCCCGGCUACCGCCCCUCCCUCGGUCUCCUGGUCAUCCCGUCCGCCUCCGGAGUCGGCUUCUCCUCCUGGACCAAUCACUUCCGUAACUACGGUACGGGAGCCACGGACCCCGUUGCCGACCAGCUGACGUGGACUGGUUACACCUCUCCUGACAGCAAGAACUUCAUCGCUCUUGCCGAUGGAGACUACCAGCUGCGAUUCACCGCCCUCAAGCACUUUGGUGAUUUCAACAAGCCCGAGGACUACGAAGUCUUCCUCACCCCUGUUGUCACCAUCGAGAACGCCACUGGCAACAGCACCACCCCCGCGCCUUCCACCAAUGGUACCACCGCACACCACACCAGUGGCUCCGUGAAGACCGUGCCCCACAAGCCCGGCAAGCAAGCUUAAACGCUGGUCGUUGGCCCUCGUCCUGGACUUUUAUAUACCUGAUACAUUCGGUGUAGGCCCUGAUAGUAGAAAGAUAUAGAAAGACGCUUAAUAUAUCGUAGAUCACGUCAUAUUUCCAGACACAAUCAAUAUCUUUAUCGUGC